AUGGAUUCUAAUGAAUGCAACACAACAAAAACAACAACCCUACAAUUAGAAACUGAAUUAACGACUGAUCAAGUGUUAUCUUCUCAACAACAAGAACAUCACAUUUCAUCGACAGCUGCAAGUCAGAAUCAAGAAACACGAACAAGAGAGAACGUAGAAACAUCAAAUGAACAUAAUUCUAGUGUAGAAAUGAUUGAUGCAGCUCAAGCAGAUGACAGUGAUAGUUGGACUACUGAUGAUGAGGGAGAUUUUUAUUCAAAUAAUGAUAAUCCUCCGACAGAUGAAGAUGAUGAUGAAAAUCAAUUUGGCGGACCUGGUUUAUCUAAAUAUUUGAUUAAUAUUUAUCCAGUAACAACUGCUGAAGAAGCAUCGUAUGUUGGGAAAUUAUGUGAUAUUUGUUUAAAUGAAUAUAAAGAAUCAGAUAAAUUACGUUUGUUACCGUGUCUACAUCGUUUUCAUGUUAAAUGUAUUGAUAAAUGGCUAAAAGAUGAUCAUCAGAUACCACUCGAAGAUUUAUAUAAAAGAUAUGAAACAAAUCUUGAAAGGGGCUUAACUGACGAAAAAGCCGCCCAAGUUUUAGCACGUGACGGACUAAAUGCCUUAUCUCCACCAAAAACCACUCCAGAAUGGGUUAAAUUUUGUAAACAAAUGUUUGGCGGUUUUGCCUUGUUGUUAUGGCUUGGUGCUAUUUUAUGUUUUAUCGCACAUACUAUUAGUGCAGUAACAUACGAAGAAGCUCCAAAUGACAAUCUGUGGCUGGGCAUUGCAUUAACCGUCGUUGUAUUUCUAACUGGAUGUUUUUCAUAUUUUCAAGAAGCCAAAAGCUCAAAAAUUAUGGAGGUUCCACCACUAGCAUUAGUAAUACGUAAUGGCGCAAGGAAAGAACUAAGAGCUGAAGAGCUCGUUGUUGGUGAUAUUGUGGAAGUAGCAGUUGGUGGUCGCGUUCCGGCUGAUAUACGAGUUGUUCAGGCUCAAUCAUUCAAAGUUGAUAACUCAUCAUUAACCGGUGAAAGUGAACCGCAAUCACGUUCACCAGAAUGUACAAAUCCCAAUCCAUUAGAAACAAAAAAUAUAGCAUUUUUUAGUACAUAUGCUGUUGAAGGCACUUGUACUGGAGUGGUUGUGCUUACGGGUGAUAGAACAUUUAUGGGUCGUAUAGCUAAUCUUGCAUCAGGUCUUGAAACGGGUGAAACACCAAUUGCACGUGAAAUCGGCCAUUUUAUUCAUAUAAUAACGGGCGUAGCUGUAUUUUUGGGUGUAUCAUUUUUUAUUAUCGCAUUUGCACUCGGUUAUCCGUGGCUAGAAGCCGUUAUUUUCUUGAUUGGUAUUAUUGUCGCAAAUGUGCCGGAAGGUUUGCUGGCCACCGUAACUGUGUGUUUGACGUUAACAGCCAAACGUAUGGCAAAAAAGAAUUGUUUAGUGAAAAAUUUAGAAGCUGUCGAAACGCUGGGCUCAACAUCCACAAUUUGUUCGGAUAAAACAGGAACAUUAACACAAAAUCGUAUGACAGUUGCUCAUAUGUGGUUUGAUAAUCAUGUUGUUGAAGCCGAUGCAACAGAAAAUCAACAAAAUGCUACAUAUGAUAAAUCUUCACCAGGCUGGUUAGCACUUUCACGUUGUGCCAUGUUAUGUAAUCGUGCAAGAUUUAAACCAGACCCUGAAAAUUUGAAAAAACCUGUAUUGCAACGUGAAUGCCUUGGUGAUGCAUCUGAAUCAGCAUUGUUAAAAUGUGUCGAAUUAUCAACUGGUAAUGUUAUUAAAUUUCGUGAAGCAAAUCGUAGCGUCUUUGGUAUACCGUUCAACUCAACCAAUAAAUAUCAAGUAUCUAUUCACAAAACCGAUGAUGAUGAUCCAAGACUUUUGCUUGUCAUGAAAGGUGCUCCCGAACAAAUUCUUGAACGUUCUGCAACAAUUUACGUUGAUGGUAGCGAUAUUGAAUUAAAUGAUUGUAAGAAUAUCUUCUAUACGUUUGUUGGGACAAAGAAUUAUAUGCUCCCUCUUUAUUUAGAUUGGAGAGCGGCGUUCAAUCAUGCUUAUUUGGAACUUGGUGGACUUGGUGAACGAGUGUUAGGCUUUUGUGAUUUACGUUUACCCUCUCCAAAAUUUACAGAAAAUUUCGAUUUCCACUCAGAUGAGAUUAAUUUUCCAGUUGAAAACUUAAGAUUCUUAGGAUUAAUGUCGAUGAUUGAUCCACCACGUGCCGCUGUGCCCGACGCCGUUGCCAAAUGUCAUCAUCCUAUCACGGCCAAAGCAAUUGCAAAAGCUGUUGGUAUCAUAUCGGAAGGACAAAAGACCGUAGAGGAUAUCGCAAACCAUUUGGGAAUACCCAUCGAACAGGUUAAUGCUAGUGAUGCUAAAGCCUGUGUUGUCCAUGGAAAUGAUUUAAAGAACAUGACACAAGAUCAAAUUGAUCAUCUUUUAUCAACCCACACAGAAAUUGUAUUUGCACGAACGAGUCCACAACAAAAACUAAUUAUUGUCGAAGGAUGUCAACGUCAAGGUGCUAUUGUUGCUGUAACUGGUGACGGUGUCAACGAUUCACCUGCAUUGAAAAGAGCUGAUAUUGGUGUUGCCAUGGGCAUAGCUGGAAGUGAUGUUAGUAAACAAGCAGCCGACAUGAUAUUAUUAGAUGAUAAUUUCGCCUCAAUUGUAACGGGUGUUGAAGAGGGACGUUUGAUAUUUGAUAAUUUAAAGAAAUCUAUUGCCUACACACUGACAUCCAAUAUACCAGAAAUUACACCGUUCCUCAUGUACUUAAUAACAGAUAUCCCAUUACCAUUGGGCACAAUAACAAUAUUAUGCAUUGAUUUGGGAACUGAUAUGGUACCGGCUAUUUCACUCGCUUACGAAAAAGCUGAAUCAGAUAUCAUGAAGCGUCAACCACGUGAUCCUCAACGAGAUCGUCUUGUAAAUGAACGAUUAAUUUCAAUGGCCUACGGACAAAUUGGUAUGAUUCAAGCGUCUGCUGGCUUCUUUACGUAUCUCGUUAUAAUGGCAGAAAAUGGUUUCUGGCCAAGUCGUCUAUUAGGUUUACGUCAAUCAUGGGAAAGUAAAACUAUCAAUGAUUUAGAAGAUUCUUAUGGACAAGAAUGGACAUAUCCCCAACGUAAAACACUUGAAUAUACUUGUCAUACUGCAUUUUUCGUCUCAAUUGUCGUAGUACAAUGGGCUGAUUUGAUUAUAUGUAAAACAAGACGAAAUUCUCUCUAUCAUCAAGGCAUGACUAAUAUGAUGCUGAACUUUGGUUUAGUAUUUGAAACUGUAUUGGCUGCCAUCUUAUGUUACACACCAUAUCUAGAUAAAGGUCUUAACAUGUAUCCACUCAAAUUUAUGUGGUGGCUUCCAGCAUUACCAUUUUCCAUAGCCAUAUUUGUUUAUGAUGAAGUUCGAAAAUAUUUAAUUCGUAAAAAUCCAGGAGGAUGGGUAGAACGUGAAACAUAUUAUUAA